AUGACUUCCGAGGAAGUUGAAGCUUCCCAAUCUGGGGUUGAAGAAGGAGGAGGCAUGGGAGGGCCUGGUGCUCCAACGCCACUCAGUGCACUCGAGGGUGUCGCGGGCUUAACAAAACGAGAUAUUCAAUUGAUUGUAGAUGGAGGCUACAAUACCGUCGAAUCUGUAGCCUACACUCCCCGGCGGAUGUUGGAACAAAUCAAGGGCAUCUCCGAGCAAAAAGCAACCAAGAUUUUGACUGAAGCAUCUAAACUUGUCCCUAUGGGCUUCACAACCGCCACCGAAAUGCACCAACGUCGAAGUGAAUUGAUUUCUAUCACUACUGGGUCGAAGCAGCUGGAUACUUUGCUUGCUGGGGGCAUCGAAACUGGCUCUGUGACAGAAAUAUUUGGCGAGUUCAGAACUGGUAAAAGUCAAAUUUGCCAUACACUUGCCGUCACUUGUCAGUUGCCAUUCGACAUGGGAGGAGGUGAGGGCAAGUGUCUCUACAUAGAUACUGAAGGCACUUUCCGCCCAGUUCGUCUACUUGCUGUGGCAAAUCGGUACGGACUAUCAGGGGAGGAAGUUCUUGACAACGUCGCUUACGCUCGUGCAUACAACUCAGAUCACCAGUUGCAACUGCUCAACCAGGCUGCUUCGAUGAUGUGUGAAACGCGAUUCUCUCUUCUCAUUGUAGACAGUGCAACGUCUCUGUACCGCACUGAUUUCGUUGGACGAGGGGAGCUUUCUUCUAGACAGACACAUCUGGCCAAGUUCCUCAGAACCCUCCAACGACUGGCGGAUGAGUUCGGUAUUGCCGUUGUCAUCACUAACCAGGUGGUUGCUCAAGUCGAUGGAGGCCCAAGCGCCAUGUUCAACCCAGAUCCCAAGAAACCUAUAGGAGGAAACAUCAUCGCACACGCCAGCACCACGAGGUUAAGCUUGAAGAAAGGACGAGGGGAGACACGGAUAUGUAAGAUAUAUGAUAGCCCAUGUCUGCCGGAGAGCGACUGUCUGUUUGCAAUUAAUGAAGAUGGCAUUGGAGACCCGAGCCCUAAGGACCUGGAGAAGGACUAG